AUGGGGAUUGUGAAGCCGUGCAGGCGCAGUGACAGGAGCUCGCUAACUCGAUGGCAGCGGCACAGCUGGAGCACGCGCACUGGCACCAUCUGGUCUAUAUCUGCUACUGGCGAGUCGCCGGAUGUGAUACCACCAGUCGGUGAUCUGGACAGGUCGAAGAUUUCGACAGAAAACCGUAACCGGGUGUCACCCCACCCACUUGCCGAGACGUCAUCGAGCACGUGCGGCGAUCUUCCGAUACCUGCUGGCGGCCAUCUUGGCCGCACCCCCCUUUGUGAUGCCACUAGUCAAGAGGGCGCCACCCUGGAACCAGUCUGUGUCUGGCAGAUUGAGGACCGUAUGACCUGUGUGUGUGGCAAAAGACUAGCCUGUGUGGCAGGCGGUUUGGAUACAGGCUGUAUUGUAAACAGACAACCUAAAGUCGAUAUCGGGCCGAUACUUGCUCAGACAUCAGCUGCAAUCAACGCGAAUACAUCAGAAUUUCCUGCCAAUGUAUCCUUAGAUGACCCGACCAGUAACACUGCAGAGCUGGAGGUUCCACUCACUGCAUCAGUUAUAGAAACAACCGUGGGCAAAGUUACUGAGAUACCACACGUUACAUCUGACCUCAGGAACACAGGUGGACUUGAUAACAUGGGGACCAGCAUUUCAGUCGGGGUAACAGAAUCCGACAGUAGUGCCGCAGAGGGUGUCACGAGGUCUGCAAUGACACCAGAUGCAGGAACUGGUGCCACCUCUGCUAUAGAAACUGACCCGAAUACCACAAGGACACCUGAUACACAUGCUGAUACAAGUGUCAUUAGAACGCAGGAUGCAUACCGUGACAUUAGUACCAGUGAGGGAUCCAUCCGUGAGCAUGAACCUAGUGCUACCAAGGCAACCAAGAUAGGACUUGACAUCAGUAGUGGUUGGAUACCCGGUGCAGAGUCUGCCACCGCAGGGACAUCAGACACUGGAAAUGGCAAGAGUAAUUCAUGGACCACGGAUACAGGAGAUGACACUGCUUCAACUAGGAUAUUCAGUGCAGAUCAAGUAACUGGGACCAGUACCACUGGGGAACCUGAUGUGGGACCUGAUACAGGUCUCACUACAACACCUAAUAUAGAUUUCAACUUCAGUACCAUCAAUGCUGCAGACACUACUGUAGCUGAGGAACCCAGCUCUGAUCCUGAGGCAACCACCAUUAGGACACCAGAUAUCAGAAAUGACACCGGUACAACCAGGACACUAAGUACAGAGCCUGGAUCUGAUACCAGUACCACUUGGAUACCAGAGAAAAGUUCUGACACUAGUACCACUGGGACACCAGAGACUGGAUCUGAUACUAGUACCACUGGGACAUUGGAGACCGGAUCUGAUACUAGUACCACUAGGACACCAGAUACUGGAUCUGAUACUAGUACCACUGGGACACCAGAGACUGAACCUGAUACUAGUACCACUGGGACACCAGAGACUGGAUCUGAUACUAGUACCACUGGGACACCAGAGACUGGUUCUGACACUAGUACCACUGGGACAACAGAGACUGGAUCUGAUACUAGUACCACUGGGACACCAGUGACUGGAUCUGAUACCAGUACAACUGGGACACCAGAGACUGGUUCUGAUACUAGUACCACUGGGACAACAGAGACUGGAUCUGAUACUAGUACCACUGGGACACCAGUGACUGGAUCAAAUACCAGUACAACUGGGACACCAGAGACUGAUUCUGAUACUAGUACCACUGGGACACCAGAGACUGGAUCUUAUACUAGUACCACUGGGACAACAGAGACUGGAUCUGAUAGCAGUACAACUGGGACACCAGAGACUGGAUCUGAUACUAGUACCACUGGGACACCAGAGACUGGAUCUGAUACUAGUACCACUGGGACACCAGAGACUGGAUCUGAUACUAGUACCACUGGGACACCAGAGACUGGAUCUGAUACUAGUACCACUGGGACACCAGAGACUGGAUCUGAUACUAGUACCACUGGGACACCAGAGACUGGAUCUGAUACUAGUACCACUGGGACACCAGAGACUGGAUCUGAUACUAGUACCACUGGGACACCAGAGACUGGAUCUGAUACUAGUACCACUGGGACACCAGAGACUGGUUCUGACACUAGUACCACUGGGACAACAGAGACUGGAUCUGAUACUAGUACCACUGGGACACCAGUGACUGGAUCUGAUACCAGUACAACUGGGACACCAGAGACUGGUUCUGAUACUAGUACCACUGGGACAACAGAGACUGGAUCUGAUACUAGUACCACUGGGACACCAGUGACUGGAUCAAAUACCAGUACAACUGGGACACCAGAGACUGAUUCUGAUACUAGUACCACUGGGACACCAGAGACUGGAUCUUAUACUAGUACCACUGGGACAACAGAGACUGGAUCUGAUAGCAGUACAACUGGGACACCAGAGACUGGAUCUGAUACUAGUACCACUGGGACACCAGAGACUGGAUCUGAUACUAGUAUCACUGGGACAACAGAGAAUGGAUCUAAUACUAGAACCACUGGGACAACAGAGACUGGAUCUAAUACUAGAACCAUUGAGACAACAGAGACGGGAUCUGAUAUCAGUACCACUGAGACACCAGAGAAUGGAUCUGAUAUCAGUACCACUGGGAAACCAGAGACCAGAUCUGACACUAGUACCACUGGGAAACCAGAGACUGGAUCUGAUACUGGUACCACAGGGACACCAGAGACUGGAUCUGAUACUAGUACCACUGGGACAACAGAGACUGGUUCUGAUACAAGUACCACUGGGACAACAGAGACUGGAUGUGAUACUAGAACCACUGGGACAACAGAGACUGGAUCUGAUAGCAGUACAACUGGGACACCAGGGACUGGAUCUGAUACAAGUACCACUGGGACAAUAGAGACUGGAUCUGAUACUAGAACCACUGGGACACUAGAGAUUGGAUCUGAUACAAGUACCACUGGGACACCAGUGACUGGAUCUGAUACAAGUACCACUGGGACACCAGUGACUGGAUCUGACACUAGUACCACUGGGACACCAGUGACUGGAUCUGACACUAGUACCACUGGGACACCAGAGACUGGAUCUGAUACUAGUACCACUGGGCCACAAGAGACUGGAUCUGAUACUAGUACCACUGGUACACCAGAGACUGGAUCUGAUACUAGUACCACUGGGACACCAGAGACUGGAUCUGAUACUAGUACCACUGGGACACCAGAGACUGGAUCUGAUACUAGUACCACUGGGACACCAGAGACUGGAUCUGAUACUAGUACCACUGGGACAACAGAGACUGGAUCUGAUACUAGUACCACUGGGACACCAGAGACUGGAUCUGAUAUCAGUACCAAUGGGACAACAGAGAAGAUUUCUGACACCAGUAUCAUUGGGAAACCAGAGACCAGAUCUGACACUAGUACCACUGGGACACUAGAAACUGGAUCUGAUACUGGUACAACUGGGACACCAGAGACUGGACUCGAUACCAGUAUCAUUGGGACACCAGAGACCACAUUUGACACCAAUACCACUUGGAUACCAGAGACUGGAUCUGACACCAGCACCCCAUGGACACAGGAGGCUGGAUAUGACACUGGUACCACUGGGACACCAGAGACUGGAUCUGUCACCAUUAUCACUGGGACAUCCAAUGUAAAACCUGGUACCAGGAGCACUAAGGCACCUGACCCAAGAUCUGACAUCAGUACCCCUGGGACACCCAAUACAGAAUCUGAUACCAGUACCACAGGGAUACCCAUUAUAGGAUCUGAUACCAGUACAACUGAAACACUCCACACAAGAUCUCAUACCACUACCACAGGGACACCAAACACAGGAUCUGAUACCAGUACCACAGGGACACCCAAUACAGGAUCUGAUAUCAGUACCACAGCGUCAGCCAAUACAGGAUCUGAUACCAGUACCACAGGGACACCCAAUACAGAAUCUGAUACCAGCACCACAGGGAUACCCAUUAUAGGAUCUGAUACCAGUACCACAGGGACACCCAAUACAGGAUCUGAUACCAGUACAACAGGGACACCCAAUACAGGAUCUGAAACCAGUACCACAGGGACACCCAAUACAGGAUCUGAUACCAGUACCACAGGGACACCCAUUACAGAAUCUGAUACCAGUACCACAGGGACACCUAAUACAGGAUCUGAUACCAGUACCACAAAGAUACACAAUACAGGAUCUGAUACCAGUACUUCUGGGACACUCAGCCCAGAAUCUGAUACUAGUACCCCUAAUACAUCCAAUACAGGAUCUGAUUCCAGUACCACUGGGGCACCUCGCCCUGGACUCUACACCACAACGCCUAGUGUUCCAAAUCUAGAAAGUAACGCUACCAUCCUCAGUACAGUUAUCUUGACUGGCCCAAUAAAUAAUAGUACCGCCCUGUUGAGCAACCCAACUCAAUCCUCUGUGACUUUGCCGAGUACCGAUGUGACAAAUGUUACUGGUACUCCUGGGCACUGGGACAACAAUAUCGCUGGUGAUACCACCAGCGCUGACAAUGCCAUGUCUGAAUACGGAGGCUACACGAGUGAUAAUGGACCGGGCAACAAUACCGGUAUGCCGAGUGACAACUCUAGUAUGACAAACACAAAUACAUUGAUUACCACCACACCAAGUAAUACUGCCAAUGAUAGUACUCAUGUAUUAAGUGAUGUAACUGAUUCUUCUGCUAUAGAAAGUGGGACGAAUACCACAAUUACCAGUGUUCCCAGUAAUACAAGUGGCUCCAAUUCUGUUAGUAAUGGAACUGCAGCUUCCAAUAGUGCCGUGUUGGCUGAUACAAAGUCCUCUACAUCUGCUAGUCUCAACGACACCCCUACCUCUAGUACCCCAACCAGUAGUGUCAGCACCGCCAACCGAGUCCAACUACCCAUACCAAUGCCCGUAACUCCAAUGUCACUGUGGGAUCUGAUACAGCAGGUAAUACAACAAAGAUUUAAUGCCACUCUGGCACCUCCACAGGCCACUGUUAUGGGCGCCACCAUGGCGGCUGGGAAACACACCUCUGGUGCCAUGCCGGGCAGCACUGCUGGCAAUGUCGGUACAACUAACUGCACCAAUAAGGAAGAUUUAGAAACGGUAACUGAGUUCAAUAGCAAAAUGACCACUGAUGUCAAAAGUACCAACAUACCAGCUAGUGCACCACUGGUGACCGUGGUGCCAGCUACUUCCUAUACUCAAAUGAUGGCUGGUAAGACAUCCAUUACUGCACCUCAUACAGGAGCCAGUGUGCCAUCUACUACUGUAGCAGGAACCAGAACCAGUAGUCCCCCCACUGCCCCAACAGAAACUAAAACCGAGGUAACACUUGAUAUAGCACCUUAUACAAGAACCACUGGAGCCUCUAUGGGCAUACGAAAUGCUGCAACCACGGCACAAACGGUUUUUACAACAGUCACAUUAUCUGACACUGCCCAAACAUGGACCACCGUGGCAUCCAUUUCAGCACCUCGUACAGGACUGACUCUGCCACCAACUACCAAAACUGGAGCCCAAACCAUGGGCCUAUCGAGAACCAGCUUGUCCUCCGACAUCACAAGUGGCGUAAGGGCCACCAUAGCCAGUGUGCCACCUUCUGCAACAACCGGAUCAAGAACCAAUGCGUUGCCUGAUACUACAAAGGAAAAUAUUUCUUUUAGUAUGGUAGCUGGAACCAGAACCACAGGAGCCAAGGUGGCAUCUACUGUUUCUGCAAGAGGACCCAGUAUAGUGUCAUCUGCCACUUUUAAAACCGGAACAACUUUAGCGCCGGCAGCUGUGGCUCACACAAGAGCAUCUGUGCCACCUUCUACCACAACCAGCAUCACAAGAUACAAUGCAGCAUCUACUGCUACGAAAGAAACCAAGCUUAGCAUUGCCACAUAUGAAACCAGGGCCGCUGUAGCAGCCACUACCGGAUCUCAUGCAGGACUAAGUGCGCCACCUUCUAACAUACCUGGCACAACCAAACUCAUUCUGGGUUCUAGUGGUGACAUAAGCCGAAAUAAACUGUCGACUAUCAGAUCUGAAACCAGGACCACUGUAGCACCCAUUGCCACCCCUUAUAAAAGAGUGAGCGCGCCAUCUACUACUGCAAGAGGAACCAGAACCGUAGCGCCCAUAACUCUGCCCUUUUUAGUGAGUGUGGCAUCUACUAACAACACUAGAACCACAAGAGCCUAUUGGGAAUAUACUAGUGUGAGUGAAACCAAACCCGAUAAACCAUCCACUAGCAAGUCCCUAACCAGGCCCACGUUGGCACCCAUUACUGUACCUUUUAUGAAGGCCAGUGUACCACAAGCUACUAUAUCUGCAAUUACAACGGCCAAUGUGGCAUCUACAUGUAUUACUAAAACCCGACAUAUUAUACCAUCAACAGCCAAAUCUGACACCAAAUCCACUUUAUCACCGAUAUCGAUAAAUGAUGCAAAGGCCAGUGGGCCGUCUGCUUCCGUAACCAUAACAAGGACCAAACAGGUGUCUACAGAUGUUACUGAAAGCAGACCUAGUAUGCCAUUACCUGGCACAACUACAAGAACUACUUUACAAGCCAUUACAACUUCCUAUACAAGGGUUCGCUUGCCACGCACUACCGUGAUCGGAACGGGAACCAGCAUCGGGUACAUUACAACAUCGGUUGCAAGAGGCAGCAUGCAAUCCUCCGUUGUACAUGGAACCAGAACAACUGUACUAUCAGCUACCACUGAGCCAUCAAAUAUUGGAACUGGAACCAACGUACCAGCAGAUGCCACACCUGGAACCAGGACGACUCUGACACCUAUUUCAGCAUCAGUGACUGUGCCACAUACAUUCGAAAGCGUCGUUAUGACCACCAAGCCAUCUGGAACCAGAACAACUCUGACACCUAUGUCAGCAUCAGUGACUGUGCCACAUGGAGUCGAAAGCGUAGUUAUGACCACCAAACCACCUGGAACCAGAACAACUCUGACACCUAUUUCAGCAUCAGUGACUGUACCAGAUACAGUCAAAAGCGUCGUUAUGACCACCAAGACACCUGGAACCAGGACGACUCUGACACCUAUUUCAGCAUCAGUGACUGUGCCACAUACAUUCGAAAGCGUCGUUAUGACCACCAAGCCAUCUGGAACCAGAACAACUCUGACACCUAUGUCAGCAUCAGUGACUGUGCCACAUGGAGUCGAAAGCGUUGUUAUGACCACCAAGCCACAUGAAACCAGAACGACUAUGACACCUAUUUCAGCAUCAGUGACUGUACCAGAUACAGUCAAAAGCGUCGUUAUGACCACCAAGCCACCUGGAACCAGAACGACUAUGACACCUAUUUCAGCAUCAGUGACUGUGCCACAUGGAAUCGAAAGCGUCGUUAUGACCACCAAGCCACCUGGAACCAGAACAACUAUGACACCUAUUUCAGCAUCAGUGACUGUACCAGAUACAGUCAAAAGCGUCGUUAUGACCACCAAGACACCUGGAACCAGGACGACUCUGACACCUAUUUCAGCAUCAGUGACUGUACCAGAUACAGUCGAAAGCGUUGUUAUGACCACCAAGCCACCUGGAACCAGGGAGGCCUCAGUUACUGUUCCUGAAAUGGGAAUCUCAAGACUCAGUGAGACAUCUGCUGGCAUAAUUGCAAAAAGACCAAAUGUUCCAUCACUUACCGCUUUAGAAAGAAACCCAACCACCCCAUCUGCCUCCACAUCUGACCCUCAGACUUCUGACCCAGCUGACUCCUUCAGUACUGUGCCAGGUGGCACCAAACCUGACAUCAUACACACUGUGCCAGCUAUCACCCCACCUGCCUCCACAUCUGACCCUCAGACUUCUCACCCUUCUUUACCCACAUCUGAAACUAAAGCCCCCGCUGCCGGGCUGCAGUCUAACACGAUGGAUAAAACAGCAUCUUAUCAUGGUACAGAAGACACCACAACAACCAACAUCAUGCAGACCGGAAAAACAUCUGAAACCAUAACCACUGAGCCAACAGAUACAUCCAAGAACACCAUGCCACCUGUCACCACAUCUGAUAAUAGAAAGGCGGUGCCAGCUGACACCAUAAGAACCGUGCCAGAUUUCAUCACAUCUGAAUCCAUCAGUACUGUGCCAGGUGGCACCAAACCUGAUACCCCAAAUACUGGGCCAGCUUUCACCACAUCUGACACCACAAUGGACACUAUAAACACUGUGCCAGUUGACAAUAAUUCUGAUACCAUAAAUACUGUUCCAGCUGAUACCUCAUCUCACACCAUCAGCACUGUACCAGAUGGUACCAAAUCUGACACCAUAAGCACUGUACCAGCUGACACCACAUUGGACACCGUUAGUAUUGUGACAGCUGACACCACACCUGACACCAGCAGCACUGUGCAGGCUGACGCUGCACCUGAAAUCAUGAACACUGUGCCAGGGGGCACCACAUCAGACCCUAUAAACAGUGUGUCAGCUGACACCACAUCUGACACCAUAAACACUGUGCCAGGGGGCACCACAUCAGACCCUAUAAACAGUGUGUCAGCUGACACCACAUCUGACACCAUAAACACUGUGCCAGGGGGCACCACAUCAGACCCUAUAAACAGUGUGUCAGCUGACACCACAUCUGACACCAUAAACACUGUGCCAGGGGGCACCACAUCAGACCCUAUAAACAGUGUGGCAGCUGACACCACAUCUGACACCAUAAACACUGUGCCAGGGGGCACCACAUCAGACCCUAUAAACAGUGUGGCAGCUGACACCACAUCUGACACCAUAAACACUGUGCCAGGGGGCACCACAUCAGACCCUAUAAACAGUGUGGCAGCUGACACCACAUCUGACACCAUAAACACUGUGCCAACUGGCACCACAUCUGACAUCACCAGCGCAGUGCCAGCUGACACUACGUCUGUAUCUAGGAACAGUUUGCUUACUGCAUUGGAAACAGUAAACAUGUCAUUUGGCACCACAUCUGAAAUCGUGGAAACUGACGCUUCAUCUAGGACUGAAGACGCCGUGCCAUCUGCUACCAUCUCAGAAGAUAGGAACACUUUCCCGACUGACAUCACAACUGUAGCCAGAAGCAUUGUGCCAACUGACAUCACAUCAGAAACCAAAGACACUGUGCCAACUGCAACCGUGUCUGAAACCCGAAACACACAAAAUUUAGGGCCAACAGACACAACUGAACCCAGAAACGUUGUUCCAAGUGGUAGAAUAACCGACACAAAGAACAUUCUGCCAACAUCCACCAUGUCUGGAAACAUUGUACCGUCCGGCAUCUCAACUGAAACCGGAAUGAAAGGAACAAGCGCCACAUUGCUCGAUAAAACAGAAAUCGUGCCAACUAGAGCUCCAUCCGCACCUGGAGACAAUUUGCCAACCGCUCCCGUCUUAGAUGUUACCAACUUUAUUCCAUCUUUACCGACUGGCAUCACAUCUGACAAAAACAUGGUAACUACUAUCACGUCUUCAACUGAAAACGUCACGCCAGCUCUCACCUCAUUGAAAGUCAGAAGCUCUGUCUCGGCUGCACCAACAACUGACACCAAAACUAGUUUGCUUCCCGCCAUUCAUUUGGAGACCAGAAGCACCAUCAGACCUUCCACCACAUCUGAGUCUGCAAUCACCGUGCCAGCUGGUGCCAUAUCUGGAAACUCUCUAUUACCUGUUACCAAUGCCGCCACACCUGCCAUUGUAAGAACAAUGGCAACAAAUGCCACAUCUAAAACUGGAGACAUUGGGCCAACUGUUCCCGCCUCAGAUGUCAAGACGAUCAUCCCAACUGGUGCCACAUCUGAAACUAGACGUCUUGUGCCAACUACUACAUCUGGAUCCGGGAACUCAGUACCGACAACCGUUUCUGUGAACGGAACGAUGCCAUCCAACGAAACCUCUACUACACCCGGUGACACCACUCACCUCCAUGCCAGGCUAGAAACCGACAAGACAGCCCAACCCUCUGAUAACACAACUACACAACCACCGACCGCAACGGGAGUAUUUCAUGAGCGCUCAACGCCAACAUUGGCAACUGAGGAGCCGUCCAAGACACAAACCAAUCUUGCGUCUCCAUCCGCCAAUGUGACCACCAGGGAACCCCAACCGACUGCCGGCAAAGCUGCCACCGCUACCAGUCCAGCAAGUCAUGGUACCGCCGGGCCUGCGCUACAGAAACUGGUACCGACCAUGACUUUGGCAGCUCAUAAUGUAUCUGGACCACAAGCCGAGGCUACAACGCAGUCCAAGAAGCCAGUGUCUGCCCAGGUGACUAGUGGAACGCGCCAACUGACGGGCUCUACCAGACCGACCCGUAAUGCUACGGCUGGGUCCCCUCCACCAUACGGCAGCACCGACAAAACUGCACCCAAUGUGACUUCAUCAGCAUAUGCAGGACCAGCUGCACCCGGGACUAUUGCGCUGAAGGUCGUAAUGUCUAAUUCUACAGAGGAAAGUGUUGAGGACUCGGUGAAUGCCUUCAUCAGAAAGGUAAUGAAUCCUCUCAUUGAUACAAUUAAUGUGAAGACACACUCCAGGAGCUCCGAGCAGCGUUGUCACCGCCCGGGCUCCGUAUUUAUGUGUCUGGAAAUGGAUGAUAUACGAUGUGUGACUUCGCCAGAACGGAGACAUUUCACGCUCGGCAGAGACGGCCGCUAUCGCCGAGCUCCGGAGCACUCCGCGCUGCAAAAGGCCCUGACAUCUGCUUUCCGCUCUGCCAAAGAGCUCGCUGAUGGCGGGUCAAUGGAUCUCCGGGACCGCAAGGGCCUCCAUUUCAUCCGGCACAUUAAUUAUAAAUGUUGGCACUUUAUUGUGGAUGGGCGUCAAUGA